UCCGGCAGCAGGGUUAAAGAACAUCUAACCAACUUCACUGUAUUAAAUUGCAUCUGACUUCAUGCGAUUAACAAUAAUUUUCAUAUUUUUUAACAGGACUUUGGAUAAACGUUCUGGGAUUUAUGUAUAUGUUUUAUUUAUCAUAUUUUCAUAGAAUUAAGUAUUUUAAUUGCAUCUAGGGACGCUGAAGAUUUGAAUCAGUUCUACAACGGGCGGGAGAUGGGUGCUUGGCCUCCCAAUGUUGGCAUCCUUGCCAUCGAACUGACGUUUCCGUCGCAAUAUGUCGACCAGGCCGAACUCGAGGCAUUCGAUGGAGUGUCAGCAGGAAAAUACACAAUUGGACUCGGCCAAGCAAGAAUGGGCUUCUGUGGUGACCGAGAAGAUAUUAAUUCAUUGUGUUUAACAGUUGUUAAAAAUUUGAUGGAAAGACAUCAAGUGCCUUAUGAUAGAAUAGGUUAUUUGGGAGUAGGCACAGAAACCCUUCUCGACAAAUCAAAAAGUGUAAAAUCUGUCCUUAUGCAAUUAUUCGAACCACACUGCAAAGGUGUUACUGAUAUCGAGGGUGUAGAUUCUACAAAUGCUUGUUAUGGGGGCACUGCUGCACUUUUCAAUGCUGUUUCCUGGGUCGAAAGCAGUGCUUGGGAUGGCAGAUUGGCUUUGGUUGUUGCUGGAGACAUUGCAGUAUACGCAAAGGGUGCUGCUCGUCCAACAGGAGGUGCAGGUGCUGUAGCGAUGCUGGUGGGUCCCGGAGCUCCCUUGUCGAUGGACAGAGGUCUCAGGGCUUCAUGUAUGAGACAUGCUUAUGAUUUCUACAAACCUGAUUUGAGUUCAGAGUAUCCCACGGUUGAUGGAAAAUUAAGUAUUCAAUGUUAUUUGGGAGCGCUGGACGCUUGCUAUGCUCUUUACUGUGAAAAAAGGGCAAAGUUGGAGGGAGAAAAAUCUAAAGGUUUAGAUGGAUUAGACGCUGUCCUGUUCCAUGCUCCUUAUUGCAAACUUGUGCAAAAGGCUUUGGCACGUUUGGCACUCAAUGAUUUCUUACGUGAAGAAGGUACUGCCAAUCACACGAGUUUGACCACUUGUUCUCAGCCUUCAGAAGUGGUGGUCAAUGGAAAUGGUAUCGACAAUGAUUCCCACAAGUUAAAAUAUGAAUCAGUGUCACAAUUCUCUCAGGUAAAACUCGAAAACACAUAUUUCGACAGAGAUGUAGAAAAGGCAUUCAUGGAUUUAAGCAAAAAGCAAUUUGAACAGAAAACAAAGCCUUCGUUGUUACUUGCUAAUCAGGUUGGAAAUAUGUACACACCAUCAGUAUACGCAGCUUUGGUGUCUUAUUUGGUCAGUAAACCAGCCAGUGAAUUGGUAAAUCAAAGAAUUGCUUUGUUCUCCUAUGGUUCUGGAUUGGCAGCAACUAUGUUCUCACUUACGAUCACUGGAGACCCACAACAUUUGACUAGAAUACUCAAAGGUGUCAGAGAUAUUAAACCAAUGUUGGAAGCAAGAACAAAAGUAGAUCCUCAAGAUUUUGCAAAGUCAAUGGAAGAACGUGAGCACUACGGACACCAGGCUCCUUUUGUUCCAAAAAGUGAUGUGAAGACACUAUUCCCCGGUACUUAUUACCUUGAGAAAGUAGACGACCUGCACAGAAGAACAUAUGCAAGACUCGACAAAAAUUUUGACAAAAUAAAUGAAUAAACUUAUAGACGACAAUCUACUACAUAGACCAUAUUGGAAAAUCAACAAAUUUCAUUUUUCAUCCAUCGAUAAAAUGUUUAUCAAGAUGAUAGAU